UGGACAGCCUUGGUGCCUCAGAGUAUAGAGGCUCUGAGAGGAUCAUGUGUGCGCAUUCCCUGCUCAUUUACACUUGGUUCCUUGCAGUUAAAAGACUAUAAUCCCUGCCUAAAUUCUCACUCAUGUAACGCAAUUUGGAUGAGAGGUGGAAAAGAUAAGACAAACACAGCAGACUCCAGUCCAUCUGGGAACCUGAACCAGAAAGACUGUACUACAAUCCUGGACAACAUGCCUACUGGUGACACAUAUUACUUCAGACUAGAAUGUGGCGAUUGUGUCAAGUGGAAUUUUGGCACACCUGUUCAAAUCAAUAUCGCAGGUAGGACACAUAGCGAUCCAUUACAGCUGAAUGAUCGACCACACAUGAUUCUAUAGUCUAACUUGACAAAACUACAUGAAAUUGUAUUGAACGUAUUUGUAAUUAUAGACUUUGUUUUCAUAUCCAAUUGAUUGAUUAUCACUGAUAUAGUGGGUGUGUUUGUUCCUGUCUUACUACUCUAGACACUCCCCCCACACCCACUUUAACCCCAGCUACAGUGGAGGUGAGGGAGGGGACCUCAGUGAGUUUGAUUUGCUCUGCUGCAGCCCCAUGUCCAUCUCUCCCCCCAACUCUGACAUGGAUCCCCAGACUGGGUCAAAGUGAGGAGGGACUACGGGAGAAUCAGGAUAAAACUAAAGUCACGACCUCUACUCUGACCUUCACUGCUUCAUACCUCCAUCAUGAACAGAAUAUAUCCUGCACUGCUCUCUACAAACAACAAGAUGGCAAGAAUGUCAAAUCACCUGAAACUAGUCUGACCGUUACUGUUCUAUGUAAGAUCAUUUUGACUUUUUUCCACCUCAUAUUAGCAUUAGUUGGUUGGUUUUAUUUCAGUCAAACAUUAUUAACAUUGUGUGCUCUUUCUCCAAGUUUCUCCCAAGAACACCUCAGUGUCAGUCAGUCCCUCUGGUCCAGUGGUAGAGGGCAGCUCCAUGACUCUGAACUGCAGCAGCAAUGCCAACCCUGCAGUGACCUACACCUGGUACAGAGUCAAUGGAGUUCAGGUGACAACGGUGGGGUCUAGCAGAAUGCUAACUAUCCAGGUGUCUGCAGACAACAGUCAGUUCUACUGUGAGGCCAGAAAUGACCAUGGAAGCGAGAAAUCAUCUGUCAUUCAACUAGAUUUGCCAUGUAAGUACUUGCACUAUCUCGAUGCAGUCAGUAGCAAUGGGUGUAAUGGUGGCACCACUAAAUUCACUUGUUUCAAAUAUUGUCCCUGUUUUUACAGAUCCUCCCAUGUACACCUCAGUAUCAGUCCGUCCCUCUGGUCCAGUGGUAGAGGGCAGCUCUGUGACUCUGACUUGCAGCAGCAAUGCCAACCCAGCAGUGAAUAACUACACCUGGUACAGAGUCAAUGGAGAUCAGGUGAUAUCAAUAGGACAUGGAGAGAAACAUCAGACCCAGGUGUUCACAGAUCAAAGAAAGUUCUACUGUGAGGCCAGAAAUGUCCAUGGAACCCAGAACUCAUCAGUCUUUGAACUGGAUGUAAUGUGUAAGUAUACAAUUAAAUACUAUGGCUGGCGCGAGUAUUCGAGAACUCAAGUACUCGAUUCAAGGAUUGUAUUUGUUUACUAAUAAUCAAGUACUCUAAAUGUACAAAUGCAACUAUUUAGCUGGUUAAAUUUAUAAGGACUGACAUUUCUAUCUCUAAGAUGUGUUUGUUGUUUACAGACAACAGUAUGUCAAGUGCAGUGAAAAUAUGUUCAGUUUUGUUUUCAGUUGUGUAUCAGAAUAACCAGUACAGCAGCACAACCAGUAAAACUGAUAGCAUAUCGCAAACUUUUUGCCUUCAGACCCUUUUCACGCUAACAUGCUAACAUUUUUAUGAGAGUACUCGAACACUGAUAUUUUUUCAAAUGCCCAUCCAUAUUAAAUACAAGUAUUGAACAUUUCUUUGCACUCACUUUGUAUACAGUGGGGGAAAAAAGUAUUUAGUCAGCCACCAAUUGUGCAAGUUCUCCCACUUAAAAAGAUGAGAGAGGCCUGUAAUUUUCAUCAUAGGUACACGUCAACUAUGACAGACAAAUUGAGAAAAAAAAAUCCAGAAAAUCACAUUGUAGGAUUUUUUAUGAAUUUAUUUGCAAAUUAUGGUGGAAAAUAAGUAUUUGGUCACCUACAACCAAGCAAGAUUUCUGGCUCUCACAGACCUGUAACUUCUUCUUUAAGAGGCUCCUCUGUCCUCCACUCGUUACCUGUAUUAAUGGCACCUGUUUGAACUUGUUAUCAGUAUAAAAGACACCUGUCCACAACCUCAAACAGUCACACUCCAAACUCCACUAUGGCCAAGACCAAAGAGCUGUCAAAGGACAACAGAAACAAAAUUGUAGACCUGCACCAGGCUGGGAAGACUGAAUCUGCAAUAGGUAAGCAGCUUGGUUUGAAGAAAUCAACUGUGGGAGCAAUUAUUAGGAAAUGGAAGACAUACAAGACCACUGAUAAUCUCCCUCGAUCUGGGGCUCCACGCAAGAUCUCACCCUGUGGGGUCAGAAUGAUCACAAGAACGGUGAGCAAAAAUCCCAGAACCACACGGGGGGACCUAGUGAAUGACCUGCAGAGAGCUGGGACCAAAGUAACAAAGCCUACCAUCAGUAACACACUCCGCAGCCAGGGACUCAAAUCCUGCAGUGCCAGACGUGUCCCCCUGCUUAAGCCAGUACAUGUCCAGGCCCGUCUGAAGUUUGCUAGAGUGCAUUUGGAUGAUCCAGAAGAGGAUUGGGAGAAUGUCAUAUGGUCAGAUGAAACCAAAAUAUAACUUUUUGGUAAAAACUCAACUCGUCGUGUUUGGAGGACAAAGAAUGCUGAGUUGCAUCCAAAGAACACCAUACCUACUGUGAAGCAUGGGGGUGGAAACAUCAUGCUUUGGGGCUGUUUUUCUGCAAAGGGACCAGGACGACUGAUCCGUGUAAAGGAAAGAAUGAAUGGGGCCAUGUAUCGUGAGAUUUUGAGUGAAAACCUCCUUCCAUCAGCAAGGGCAUUGAAGAUGAAACGUGGCUGGGUCUUUCAGCAUGACAAUGAUCCCAAACACACCGCCCGGGCAACGAAGGAGUGGCUUCGUAAGAAGCAUUUCAAGGUCCUGGAGUGGCCUAGCCAGUCUCCAGAUCUCAACCCCAUAGAAAAUCUUUGGAGGGAGUUGAAAGUCUGUGUUGCCCAGCGACAGCCCCAAACCAUCACUGCUCUAGAGGAGAUCUGCAUGGAGGAAUGGGCCAAAAUACCAGCAACAGUGUGUGAAAACCUUGUGAAGACUUACAGAAAACGUUUGACCUGUGUCAUUGCCAACAACGGGUAUAUAACAAAGUAUUGAGAAACUUUUGUUAUUGACCAAAUACUUAUUUUCCACCAUAAUUUGCAAAUAAAUUCAUUAAAAAUCCUACAAUGUGAUUUUCUGGAGAAAAGAAAUCUCUUUUUGUCUGUCAUAGUUGACGGGUAUCUAUGAUGAAAAUUACAGGCCUCUCUCAUCUUUUUAAGUGGGAGAACUUGCACAAUUGGUGGCUGACUAAAUACUUUUUUCCCCCACUGUAUAUAUUUUUCUUCUUUAGACUCCCCAAAGAACACCUCAGUGUCAGUCAGUCCCUCUGGUCCAGCGAUAGAGGGCAGGUCUGUGACUCUGACCUGCAGCAGCAAUGCCAACCCAGCAGUGAAGACCUACACCUGGUACACAAUCAAGGGAGGUCGGGGGACUCCAGUGAAGGCAAUGCCAGAGCUAACUGUCCAAGUGUUGGCAGAUAACAACAAGUUCUACUGUGAGGCCAAAAAUGACCAUGGAACCCAGAAAUCAUCAACCUUUCAACUAGAUAUGAUGUGUAAGUACACAAUAAAAUAAAUGUGUAUAAUAUUUUUGCGCUAUACACACAAAAAUAAUUGUUCUAUAUAGUGCCAAAUAAGGGUUAUUUGGCUUGUAACCAUAGCGGAUCCCUUUUUGAUGCUAUAUAUAAAACAAAAAUGUAAGCUUCUAUAAAUGACAAUUUCCUGAGGUUCUAUAAAUAGCCAUUAAUAAAAGGUUCUGAAGAGCACCAAAAAAUGUGUUCUGCUAUGGUUAGAACCCUUUUUUCAUGUUUUUUUUUAUAUAGAACCUUUAUGGAGAAUAGUUCUAUAAAGAAACUUCCUCGGUCUCAAAGGUUCUUUGUAGAUAUUUUUGAAGAACCAUACAGGGUUUAUUAUUUUGGUUAGCCAUAUUAUAUUGUUAAAGGUUCAAUGCAGACAUUUGUAUCUAAAUAUCAAAUAAUUUCUGGGUAACAAUUAAGUACCUAACUGGGAUUGUUUUAAAUUAAAAUGGUCAAAAAGAAACAAAAAUAGCUUCUUAGCAGAACAAUUUCUGGGAGGGGGGUACAACUCAAUAUUAAGAAGGUAUUCCUAAUGUUUGAUUUACUCAGUGUAAAUUAAACACAGGAAAACCUCAUUUUUGACUGCACCGGGCCUUUAUAAUUCCUUAGGCGUUACAAUUGCGUUAAUUGACAAGUUGAAUCAGGUGUCACAGCUUUGGAACAGCUGGGGGGUUCCUGAGGAGAAAUUUGUUCUCAGUUGACACAAGGCCAUACAGGAGUAUUUCACAAGACACUGUGACUGACCAUAGUAAUGUUUAAAAUAUUAUAGCAUAAUACAAAUUAUAAGAUAUACUGGAAUGACACUCUCACUCAUGGUUGCACAAGAAGAGCUGUGAGCAAACCACACCCCAAAAUAUUAUAAUGAGCCACUCCCUUUACAUUUUAAUUAUCACUAAAAGAGGAAAGAACCCUUUUCUGAAAUGCAAAGAAUCAAUGAAGCGCUCAAAGGGUGCUUUGAGUCAUUAUGGUUCUACAUUUAACCAUCACCCUUCCCAAAGAUCCCUGAAGGAACCCUACACUCUAAAAAUAAAAGGUUUCUGGAGUAUCCUUUAGGGGUUCUUGAAAUUGAAACAGUGGGGGAACCCCUAUAAGCUCUUCGAAGAACCCUUUAAAAGGGUUCUUCAAAGAACCCCUUUUAAUGGAUCCUUGAAUAACCUUUUGAAUAACCUUUUGGGGUUCAUUUUUGAACUACCCCCCCCCCCCCCCUCCCCUAUUAUUAUUAUUAUCAACAAAGCAUAACAAUAACACAGUAUUUUAGUUCUCAGUGUUUAUUAUGAUUUUAGUGGCAAAGCAGAAUUUUAAAAAUCUAAAUAUGUGGUAAACUCCCAGCAGAGCCCCAAGUCCAAUAUCCUCUAGCAUGUUGAUGUUAAUGUGUUGAUGUUCUCCAUAUCCACAACCAGAAUGAUUUUGCAGUGCAUGGUGAUCGAACAGGUUUCCUGUUAUAUUCAUCAGAGGUGUAGGGAGGGUGAAGUCUGUGAAUCCCCAAAAUAGGAAUUAUACAGAUGAUUAACAAAACAUACACACGACAGAAUUCAUACCUUGGAUUUUGUGGUGAAGGUGAAUGGAAAAACUGUUUUGAUAACGGUUUUCAUUCACAUACCUUGUCCAUAAUGUAGAGGCCUAUGGGAUAUUCAUUGAAGAGGUAAGGGAGGAGGAUGGUAAAUGUGAUCAACAUAACAUACCAAUACCAAUUGACGUACCUUUGCAUGCCUCCUCGUCUGUAUUCCUGCAGACACAGACACAAAAGUGAGUAGUUCAGUCAUCUGCACCCAAUACAGAUAGCCUUCAACAUAUUCUUAUAGCAUACAUAUUCUUACCUCUUUGUUGAUUUAUAUCCAUUGAAUUGUAUCCAUUUUCUGUUUUAGAAAGAUUUGCACAAAUAUGAAAAGAUAGAUGGUAUCAUCAUAAAACAAUAAAACAAUAUACAUUUAGGUCAUACAAGGGACAAACCUUACCUUUAAUUGUGAAGAGCUUUACAUUUUUCAGUUAAGUGCCUGCACCUGCUGUCUUUCAAAUUCUAAUCCAAAUGUUUCAGUUGGGCAGUUAGGUUCCUGCAAGAACCCCCACCAACUAAUGAGGUUCCUCGAUGAACCCCACCUCCUAUGGGGUUCUUGAAAGAACCUUUUGGGGGCAAUUUUCAGUGCCAGGAACCCUAAGGUUCUUUGAAGAAUUUUGAGGAUCUUAGAAGAACCCUUGUUGAACCCCUCAUUUUUAGAGUGUAUUUUCUAAGUGUGUAGCCAGUAUCAUAACACACACUAUGUUUAAAUUUUUCAUACAGUAUCUGUUGUUUCUUUACCCCAGACCCACCCAAAAACACCUCAGUGUCAGUCAGUCCCUCUGAUUCAGUGGUAGAGGGCAACUCUGUGACUCUGACCUGCAGCAGCAAUGCCAACCCAGCAGUGAGGAACUACACCUGGUACAGAGUCAAUGGCGAUCAGGUGACAUCAAUAGGACAUGGAGAGAAACAUCAGACCCAGGUGUACACAGAUCAAAGAAAGUUUUACUGUGGUGCCACAAAUGACCAUGGCACUAAGAACUCAUCAGUCUUUCAACUGGAUGUAAUGUGUAAGUGGUCCUCUGUAGCUCAAUUGGUAGAGCAUGGCGCUUGUAACGCCAGGGUAGUGGGUUCGAUCCCCGGGACCACCCAUACGUAGAAAUGUAUGCACACAUGACUGUAAGUCGCUUUUGAUAAAAGCGUCUGCUAAAUGAUUUAUUAUUAUUAUUAAGUAUAAAUCUGGAACUAUCGUUUCUGCUCAAUUUCAGUUGUGAGGAUAGCACCCAGUUUGUAUACUUUUUGUUAACAGCCUUUUUACUGUUUUUACACCUGUCUCUUUAGAUCCUCCCAAGAACACCUCUGUGUCAGUCAGUCCCUCUGGUUCAGUGAUAGAGGGCAGCAAUAUGACUCUGACAUGCAGCAGCAAUGCCAACCCAGCAGUGAAGAACUACACCUGGUACAGAGUCAAUGGAGGCCAAGUGACACGAAUCGCUAAUGAAAAAGAGUUAAACACGAAAGCAUCUAUAGACAACCGCCAGUUCUACUGUGAGGCCAGAAAUGACCAUGGGACCAAGAACUCAUCACUCAUUCUACAGAAUGUGCUAUGUAAGUACAAAAUUCCAAACAUACUGUAACUUCAAGUAAUGACUUAUUAAACAUAAAAAAACAGGUAUAACAUUUCAAUUGCAUGAUUGUUUUGUUUUCAGACCCACCAAAAAACACCUCAGUGUCAGUCAGUCCCUCUAGUUCAGUGGUAGAGGGCAGCUCUGUGACUCUGACCUGCAGCAGCAAUGCCAACCCACCAGUGGAGAGCUACACCUGGUACAGAGUAGAUCGAGAACAGGUCACAGAAGUGGGGUCUAGCAGAAUGCUAACUAUCAAGGUACCAGUAGACAACAGCCAGUUCUAUUGUGAGACCAGAAAUCAUCUUGGAUCCCAGAACUCAUCUGUCACUCAACUAGAUGGGAUGUGUAAGUGCAAAAUAAAAACAAAUGUACACAAUAUUUUAGCACUAUGGCUAGUGUCAUAACACACACUAAAUUACCUGUUUCCAUACAAUAUGCUUCUUCACUUCUUCAGAUCCUCCCAAGAACACCUCAUUGUCGGUCCGUCCCUCUGGUUCAGUUGCAGAGGGCAGCUCUGUGACUCUGACCUGCAGCAGCAAUGCCAACCCAGCAGUGAAGACCUACACCUGGUAUAGAGUCAAUGGGAGUGAGGGAGUCAUUGUACGAUCUGGACAGAGCUUCACCUUCAAUAAGAUUGCUAUCAAUGAUAGUGGGCGGUACUAUUGCGAAGCAGAGAAUAAGCAUGGGGUGGACAACUCAACAACUACUAACAUAGAUGUGACAUGUAAGUUGUUACACUUUUACACCCUGUGAACAUACUUUAAAGGGGCAGUGUAGUCAAAAACAUGAUUUGUAAAAAAAUUAAAAAAUCUGAUUAUUCUGACCAAUGACCAGUCAUCUUUUAUUUGCAUAUGUAUCCUCCUACUUUUCAGUGGUAAGCGGGGUAGGCUCUAGAGUCUAGACCAGGGGUUCCCAAACUUUUUCACUCAGGCCCCCUCCCAACAUUAGGGAACGUCCCCCGCCCGCGCCCACGCGCCACAUCUAUUUCUAUGGGCACAAGCACUGUUUAUGGCACAAACUAUUCACACCCCUCUUGUUGAUGGAGAGAACAUUUUGCAGGUUUAAAGCUUAUUUCCUGCGAUUCUACACAUUUUGUCAUGGGGUGCAGAGAACAAUUUGCAGUUUUAAAGCAAAGUUUCUUGCAAUUCUAUACAUUUUGCCACAUCUAAUGUGUAUUCAUGUGAUAUUUGAGCGUCACAAACAUUAAAACAAAAUCUAUGGGCUAAAAAACCUAGCAAAAAAAAUGUUAGCUGACAUGGGCUAGUUGAUUUAGACAUUUCUGACAAGUUAUAAAUAGCUCUCUAAGGUAUGAAAUGACUGACAUGACAAGAGGAAAACUGAUGGUUCACUACCCAAUUUCAAAAUUGCACCUUGUGCAUUCUACUAUUACAACGUUGAAAGCCGACUGAGUUCCUUUCAAUGCAUUCACUCACUUAUUAAACAUUAUACAACGGGUGGGUCUAAUCCUGAAUGCUGAUUGGUUAAAACCGCAUUCCAGCCGUUGUCUAUUUCUCAAUUUACACCUGCUAAAUCUAUUACAUUAAAAUGCCUAUUUCCUCUGUUCCAUCUGACUGCGCAAUCCACUGUCUCAUCAGGCCAGCCAGGCACUUCAUGAACUUGAUCUCCACUAUAAAAAGCAUCUACACAUUAUCUCACAUUUCUUUUAGACUAACAUUUAGUUUUCAACAGCGGAGAUUUGUAUAAACCUUGCUGUCUGUCUCUCCGACAUUUGCAACAUUGUUUCAAUAUUCAAAUUCGAUCUCCAGAUGUCCCAUAAUAAUGAACGUGUCGGGAGUCGGGAUGAAACAGACAGGCAGGCCGCUUUUCUCAGACAGUUGAAAUCAUGAAUCUGCAUCAUUUUUAUGGAUAUAUACAAAGAACGAUCAAGAGAAAACAGGUAAAACGAAACGAAGUGUUAGAAAUUGUGUAAUUCAAAUCUGGUAUUGGAAUAAGAAUCAAGAGAUCUUCAAUCCAAGCUAAAUUUAUUAUAUGCAAAAUGUAUGUAUGAUAAGUAUGAAGGUUCGUAUAUACGGGUCCACUGAAAUACCACGCAGGGCACUCAGAGAACUAAUCCAUUGUUACAGGUUCUUCUUCAAAUACUCUGACAGAGAUAGUUCCCACUCUCUGCUGGCCAAUCAGAGUAGAGACUGAGCGUGGUUUAGACUUACUCAGCCAAUCCGUUGGCGCACAGGCUAGUCCCAGCCUCUUGGCGCUCCACCUGUUGCACACUGUUGCCAGGCAUAAGUUUUUAUCAUAACAACCUGUGGAGUCAGCACUCAAAAGACUGUACGUUCCUACGUCCAAGGACGGUUCACAGACAACGGUUCACAGACAACAAAGAGGCAGUGUUCGUAUCUGUAAGAAAUACAAGUCUUAUCUGUCCUUCCCCCUAACGUUCCUUACAUGAAUCACAGCCUGUUAUGUGAAACAAUUUAUAUCAGUAUAGUACAAACCUAUGCUUAUCAUUAAUGCAUUCCUUCUAAGCCAUUCAUCACACACAGAUCCAAUCAUUAGAAAAUAGAACCCCACAGAAGUGCAGCUAGUUUGCUGUCUUUCCAGCUUCAGUUUGAAAUGAUUGUGUUAGCUGUGUUGUUGGAUAGCUCCUCUGAACAAGUGUCUUGACGAGAGAGCACAUUUUCUAUGCCAGGCGAAAUCGCGCCUCAUUAGCUCAUUGUUAUGGAUGUAUCCAAAUAAAUGUCACUAGAAAACAGCUUAAACAAAUGCAAAUGCGGCUACUUUGCUGUUAUUCUGGCUGCACUGUUUGACGUGACUGUAUGUUAGCCAUAAUUGGCUAGCUAGCAAGCAAGGGAUAAGAACGUUGCCAGCUAAUAUGGCAAUUGAACAUUUAGAACGAACGACUGCGUUGCAUCCAUAGAUACAGAACAAAAAGACUGAAUGACUGGGUCGCGUCUCUGGUAACCGAAACCUAUAGAACGAUUGACCAACCGGCUUGGGUAGCAACCCUAGAUUUGUGUCGGUACUAUAUCUUGUGGAAGGAUGAAAUAGUAUGAAUAAAUCCAUCAAAAUAACGUUUUUAUUUAAAAUAUGUCAAUCAUUAUUUGAAUAUGUUGUAACCUGUUGUAUAAAAGUGAUAAUGCCCUCGAAGCCAGUGUUUGGAGGAUAUAUUGACACAGUUUGCUGAACACCGUGCCAAUAUAUCCUCCAAACAUCGGCUUCUCGGGCAUUAUCACUUAAUCAAACAAAAGGUAUAACAUUUAAUUGCAUAAUUUGCUUUGUUUUUCAGAUCCACCAAAAAACACCUCAGUGUCAGUUAGUCCCUCUAGUUCAGUGGUAGAGGGCAGCUCUGUGACUCUGACCUGCAGCAGCAAUGCCAACCCACCAGUGGAGAGCUACACCUGGUACAGAGUAGAUCGAGAACAGGUCACAGAAGUGGGGUCUAGCAGAAUGCUAACUAUCAAGGUACCAGUAGACAACAGCCAGUUCCAUUGUGAGACCAGAAAUCAUCUUGGAUCCCAGAACUCAUCUGUCACUCAACUAGAUGGGAUGUGUAAGUGCAAAAUAAAAACAAAUGUACACAAUAUAUUAGCACUAUGGCUAGUGUCAUAACACACUCUAAAUUACCUGUUUCCAUACAAUAUGCUUCUUCACUUCUUCAGAUCCUCCCAAGAACACCUCAUUGUCGGUCCGUCCCUCUGGUUCAGUGGUAGAGGGAAUCUCUGUGACUCUGAGCUGCAGCAGCAAUGCCAACCCAGCAGUGAAGACCUACACCUGGUAUAGAGUCAAUGGGAGUGAGAGAGUCAUUGUACGAUCUGGACAGAGCUUCACCUUCAAUAAGAUUGCUAUCAAUGAUAGUGGGCGGUACUAUUGCGAAGCAGAGAAUAAGCAUGGGGUGGACAACUCAACAACUACUAACAUAGAUGUGACAUGUAAGUUGUUACACUUCCACAUCCUGUGAACAUACUUUAAAGGGGCAGUGCAGUCAAAAACGUGAUUUGUAAAAAAAUAUAUAUGAUAUUUCCACACACUGGGGUCAAAAUAACACUCACAAAUUGUGAAAAUGAUACCCUUUCAGCCUGUUCAGGUGGGAUGGAGUUUUUGGCCCCCAGCAUGACAUCACACUCUGAUCUGAUUAUUCUCACCAAUGACCAGUCAUCUUUUAUUUGCUUAUGUAUUUGCUUAUUUGCCUAAGAUCACCAUGUGCAAUGCCAAGCGUCGGCUGGAGUGGUGUAAAGCUCGCCGCCAUUGGACUCUGGAGCAGUGGAAACGCGUUCUCUGGAGUGAUGAAUCACGCUUCACCAUCUGGCAGUCCGACGGACAAAUCUGGGUUUGGCGGAUGCCAGGAGAACACUACCUGCCCAAAUGCAUAGUGCCAACUGUAAAGUUUGGUGGAGGUGGAAUAAUGGUCUGGGGCAGUUGUUCAUGGUUUGGGCUAGGCCCCUUAGUUCCAGUGAAGGGAAAUCUUAACGCUACAGCAAACAAUGACAUUCUAGACGAUUCUGUGUUUCCAGCUUUAUGGAAACAGUUUGGGGAAGGCCCUUUCGUCUUUCAUCAUGACAAUGCCCCGUGCACAAAGCGAGGUCCAUACAGAAAUGGUUUGUCGAGAUUGGUGUGUAAGAACUUCACUGGCCUGCACAGAGCCCUGACCUCAACCCCAUCGAACACCUUUGGGAUGAAUUGGAAUGCCGACUGCGAGCCAGGCCUAAUCGCCCAACAUCAGUGCCCGACCUCACUAAUGCUCUUGUGGCUGAAUGAAAGGAAGUCCCCGCAACAAUGUUCCAACAUCUAGUGGAAAGCCUUCCCAGAAGAGUGGAGACUGUUAUAGCAGCAAAGGGGGGACCAACGCCAUAUUAAUGCCCAUGAUUUUGGAAUGAGAUGUUCGACGAGCAGGUGUCCACUUGAUUAAACUAUUUGCUGGUUCAAGUGGGGACACUUCAGGCUGAGGAGUAUGUUUCACACAUCCCAAUGUGUUAAAUUCACCCCUCAAUCUUACUCAACAGCGACCCCAGCUUUGAGCUGAGCUCAACUGUAGAUCUGAGUCACUAGGCACCCCUGUAAAGGACGUCACACUGCUUGCUUAGCGAGUACCGCUUCCACCUGAUUCGGCUCACACCGUGCCUGAUCUCAAAACAGUUUUCUGUUCCCAAAACUAGAAUCUGUUAUGAACAGAGUGCACAUAGUUUUAUAGACUUGACCCUUUGUCAAAGUUUUUAAAAGUUGUGUUGUUUACAAGGAGUGCAAUGGCAAAUAAAGUUAUUGCACACGCACACUUCACAGCGAAGGCGUUCCCUAACGGAAAUAUGCAAAUACAUGCUAGAAUGCGCCAAUAGGCUCUCGCUAGCUCUUGCUUGGCUCUGCCCUCCUCCUUGCUCGUUCUACCCACUAUGCUUAAUUUUCUCCCAUGGAAAACGACACAGAUGAACUAUGUCGGGUUGGUUAUAAAUAUCUUUGACUUAACUGUCUUCAUCCUCUGUUUUCUAUAGUUGCUCCAAAGAUCCUGCCCUCCUCUCGCUGCAUCAGAACUGCAGAUAAGAUCAACUGUUCCUGUGAGAGUCAUGGGAACCCCUCUCCCAAAGUGGAGUGGCGAUUGGCUGGGCAGCCUGUCAAUCACGUAAGAAACUCUGUCAUCAGGGAGCCAAUGGGCAGCACAGGCCUGAGAAGCUCCCUCACCAUCCACCAAUCACAGGAGGAGGACACACCCACUCUGGUCUGCCUCAGCACCAACUCUGUAGGAUCUUCCAGCCUCCAGUUCUGUACUCAAUGCCUGGGGAAUCACCAGGGGCUGGGCAUAAGCUCUGAAGUUCAUGAGGGUAAGCGCUUUAUGUUAUCAAUUGCCAUACAGACACAUUGUGCAGCAUUUGGUGUUUUUCUGCAGUCAAAGCGAUUUGGAUCUGGUCAAAAACUAUUUGUACAGUGUAGGUACUUUGAAAUACACAAACCAGUCAUUAUCAUUCAUAAGGGGUUUGGACACUAUAAUUGACUACAAUGAUGAUCUUGAUAACCUUGAUAAAUCUUUUCUAAGUCUAUUGAUUAAAGAUUUUUCUGUUCCCCUCUAGGUCAAGUUUCCUUGCCAAUCUUCAUCACUGCAAUAUUUGUUUCAGCAUUAAUGACAGCACUGAUAUGUGCUUUAUUGUUUCUCCUAAGGUAAGGUCAUCACUCUUUUAAAAUGUUCUGGAAAUACUGCACGUAUUUGUGUCUUUAUACUUUUUGUGCUUUACAUGAACUUAGUUCCUGAUUCUGAAGUGUACACUAAUUUGUAGAUAUUUGAUUUGACCAGUUUGUUGUAUGAUGAUUUCACAGGGUUUGGAAGCCUUAUUUUACGGUACUCAGAGGUCAUGAAAAAUAUGACGACAGUGAUGGGGUGAUGAACCUAGUUCCAACCAGUGGUGAGGGGACACAGGUAAGCAUCAUCAGAUUUAUCCUAGAAAUAGUUUGAUAAUGAAAUCACCACAAAAGAAAAUCUGUUAAAUGUCUAUACAUUUAUGUUAUUGCAGGAUCCUCCUGUGCCAGAAGAAGACAUCUACACCAACAGCAUGAUACCGAGUCAGGCCAGGAGACAGGGAUGCGAACAAGACCUAGAGGCCCACAAACCGGGUUCCAAAACACUGCCUUCCUCCAAAGCCAUCUCUGAGACCGACCGAACCGGCCUGCUCAGUCCUAUCGCUGACACUGCUACAGAUCCAGGAGAAGGCACUGCAAAGAAGGAGGGGGGUGACGUGUUUUAUUCCAGUGUGAUUUGGAAGAAGAAGAAGUGGAUGAAGAAGAAGAAUGUGGGGUCCGUGGAUGGGGAGGGGGGAAGGGAGGCGUCUAGCGGUUCCUACCUGGAGGAAGAGAGGUGUGUGCUGGGAAAUGUAGGCAGACGCAGAAUAAGUAAGGCACUGGAGAUGGAGAACCUACAGUUUCUC